UGCCGGACUCUGCAAACAGUCAAUUUUUCGCUAUAAAAGCCCUGACCAUCGACGUUGAUUUAGUUAGAACACUUUCAACCGUGUAAACAAUCUAUCAACCAAAAUGAAAUUCUUCAUUGUCUUCUUCGCUCUGAUCGCUGUGGUCUUCGCUGGCUACGGACAGGGUGGACACGGCCAGCAAGGAUUCGGACAGGGUGGACACGGUCAGCAAGGAUUCGGACAGGGUGGACACGGUCAGCAAGGAUUCGGACAGGGUGGACAUGGCCAGCAAGGAUUCGGACAGGGUGGUCACGGCCAGCAAGGAUUCGGACAAGGUGGACACGGCCAGCAAGGAUUUGGUCAGCAAGGACAUGGCCAGCAAGGAUUCGGACAAGGAGGACACGGAGGACACGGUCAGCAAGGACACGGCGGACGUUACUAAAAGAGCAGCGUAAUAAAAUAAACUAAAACUCUAAAAAAA